AUGGCAGAAGUAGCUCCAGCUCCAACCACUCCGGCGAAAGCGGCCAAGAAGAAGGCAGCCAAAUCUACAAAGAGGCCCGGACCUAGCGUCAGUGAACUCAUCGUCAAGGCAGUAGCCGCGUCCAAAGAGCGCAAUGGUGUCUCCUUGGCUUUCCUCAAGAAGUCGCUAGCCGCCUCCGGUUACGACGUGGACAAGAACAAGUCUCGCGUCAAGACCGCCGUCGUAUCCCUUGUGAACAAGGGGGCCAUUGUUCAAACUAAAGGCACCGGUGCCUCCGGCUCCUUCAAACUGAACAAAAAGGCCGAGGGUAAAGCUAAGGCUCCAGCCAAGGCAGCCAAGAAGACUCCAACAAAAGCUAAGAAGCCGGCAGCGAAAAAGGUCACUUCAAGCAAGAAGCCCAAAACCGCUGCGGCAAAGAAGGCGGUGGUCAAGAAGACCACAAAGAAGGCCGCCAAAUCCACGACGCCCAAGAAGGCAGCUAAAAAGGCCACAAAGAGCCCUAAAAAGGCGGGAGCGGUAAAAAAGGCUCCCGUGGCAAAGAAGGCUGCAGCCAAGAAGAGUCCAGCCAAGAGGGUGGCCAAGCCUAAAACCGUCAAGAAGGCAGCACCCAAGAAGAAGUAG